AUGAACCCUGGCGCACUUCUAGUGUCGCUACACAAAGGGGACGAUGCGACGGCUGGUGAUGGCGAACGGGAGAAGAAGCAGGGGAGACAGCGUUUUUCUUACUGUUCGUCUCUCGUGAACCCGUUUGCGCGCACCCUCGUAGCCCACGCCGCGAGUCUCUUCCUUCCUCAGAUUUGUCAUCUCAUCUUCAUCUUUGGACGGCUGGUCCCUCCCGCGCCACAAAUUCUACCUGCCAUCGAUAUCCCUCCAACCAUCUCACUCAAGAUGGCUGCAGAGCCAAUCUCAAAGCGCAGGUCGUGCAGCGAGUGCGCAAAGGCAAAGCGGAAGUGCGGGAUGGAACUGCCCAGAUGCAAGAGAUGCGCAAAGAAGAAUAUCGUCUGCGCCUAUCCCAACAGCAGAUCCAGUAUGGCAAACACGACGUUUCCUGAGUUGGAGUUCCAAUGGCUGGACGACCUCAUGCGGGAUCCGGAUAUGAUGCCAUGGUCCGGCUCGCUCCAGCCUCAGCUCGACGCCUCAUCACAAGGCACUCUCUCUAGACGCUCCGACUCUGAUAUUCUAUCCUUUCCACGAGAAGAGCCAGACUACUUACUGGGCACGCCGGUUCCGACAAAAUCAACUCUCGCCCGAGCGGAGACAGAAGCGGCGCUCCACCGCUUCAAGACGUGGCCAGAAAAGUGGGUCAAGCAAGGCAAAGCGCCCUUCAUCCAUCCUAGCUUGUACGCCUCCAGUAUGCCAAAGGUUCUCCAAGACGCAUAUGCAGCGUGCGCUAUAUACUCGACUAAGACGGACCUCAACGAAUUCGUUGCGUUCACCGUUAUUGAAGCAAAAGCCAAUGGGCUACUACACGCCGCAGAUCAGGCGUCUUGGACUCCUUUGGAUCUGUUGGCAGCGGUCCAAGCCCUUCUCAUAUUCCAAUUUAUACGAUUGUUCGAUGGUGAUAUCCGACAACGUGCGCUUGCGGAGAAGGCUGAGCCUGUAUUGGAAGCUUGGAGCCAGCAGCUCAAGGCUCGGACGACCAAAGAGCGAGAAUAUACGACUGAGACUUCACCGUCAUGGCGGUCGUGGAUUUUCAGUGAGUCCGUGCGACGGACCGUUACAAUGAGCGUCUUCCUGGCCGGCAUCUACUCGUUGGUCAAGCAAGGCUUUUGUACUCUUGGGGAUCAGGUUACUGCAAACUCGUUCACCGCCCAGCGUCAGCUGUGGGAGGCUUCGGGCCCGGUUGAAUGGGAACAAGCGAAACUGAGCUAUAACCCUCACUGGAUUUCGAAAAUGCAGUUCGAUCAGUUUCUACAAGAAGGGAAUGGGAACGAGCUGGAUGAUUUUGGAUUAAUCCUUCUGAUUACAUACAAAGGGCAAGAUGUGGCAGACCGCUGGAUGGCAACGACACAGGCCGAGCGAGAUGUAGUCAUGGACCGGAAUUUCCAUCAGAGCCUGCUGGACAUGAUCCAAGACCGAGAGUAUGGCCAGGUGUCUUCUCUAGAACCGCUCUUAUAA